UCCGGUUAUUCUUUUUUCAAACUUUGUAGAUUUCAGCCGUUUGUUAAACUUUUUACUAAAUUUUUGCAAAACAACAAAAAAUAAUCUCACAAAUAAUAAGCACAAUCUUAGGUUUGCAAGAAAAUAAAUAUUAUUUUCUUAAAGCAUGGUGUCGCUUCAAGACCUCUCCACUAUGGCCUCACCAGGCAAUGUUUCUGUUUGCGAAAGAAGUGGCCGUCUUUGUACGGUGCCACAAGUCGAAGUCAAAGGGAAUUCAUAUGUGUUGGAAUAUUAUCCAGAAAUAAAUAUCAAUUGCGAAAUCUUCAGUGCUGCUGCAGCAAAACCAGUUGAUUCAUAUCGAACUGUAAUGGUUCCUGUGAAUGAACGAGUUAUAAAACGUAUCACAAGAACUUUCUUUGAAAGUGGGUUCUUGGAGGCCUUGAAUGAGGCAAAAGAUCCAGCUACAGCUGCAUCUAGUCCGAUUAUAUCAUCUGCUGCUGAAUACACAUCUAGGGCUUUGGAAUUUAUAGGAAAAAUCAAACUUAUGGUAUUUCCUUAUCUCAAAGAGCAUGGUAUUGCCAGUAUUGCAAAAUACUCAGAGACUAGGGAUUGGAUCAGAAGUUGCAUUCGAUAUAUAGUCUGGCAUCCGAAUUGUUUUAAAAUCGCAGUUGCCGGGUCGGACGAUGUAAUUCGUAUCUACACUGACGAGCCAGCUGCAGUGCCUGUUCUUAAAAAUCCUCUUCAAAAAGGCAUCACUUCCAUGGCUUGGAGGCCAUAUAGUGCAGCUGAACUAGCAGUUGGUUGUCAGAAAGGCCUUUGUCUGUGGACAAUGGACAGUAAUAUGCACAUAACUCGAUCUUCAUCACAAGCAGUUUUCCUUAAUCAUCCCAAUCACAGUCCAAUAACUUCGGUUCAAUGGAAUUUGGAUGGCACACUUCUUGCCACAUCCAGCAUUGGAGACACUGAUGUCGUUAUUUGGAAUGUUGAUAAAUCUAAUAGCAGUACACUCAAACGUGUUGGCCCACCAUGUUCUAUUCUCAAAUGGUCUCCAGACGGUUCGUGUUUGUUCUCGGCAACAGUUGGGAACGUUUUUCGUGUUUGGUCGGCUGAAAAACAUUGGGAGCCAGAACGUUGGACAGUUGCGAAUGGAUAUAUCCAAUCUGCAUGCUGGUCACCGUGUAGUUCAUUUUUGCUUUUUGUCACUUCGGAUGAGUCGACUCUUUAUCGAUUGCAGUUCUUUGAGGAACAAUUAUUUGCAACAUCCAACCUACCAAAGCAAGCUCUUCCCAUUGCUGAUUUGACAAAAUUCACAAUUGGACAUCGUGAAGUUGGUGGUCAACCACAAUCUCUAGCCUGGGACCCCAAUGGUCACUUCCUGGCUAUAACUUUCAAAGACAGUCCCUGCAUUGCGAUAUUCUCCACCUGCAUCAGCAAGCAUAAUCUAAGUAUUUCACCUUCAUGCUUUUUAACAGGAAUCGGCACCGAAUAUCCAUCGUUUAUUUGUUUCCAAAGCAAAAAUCGAAAGAAUUCGGAUAGUGUUUUAACCAUAGGCUGGUCCAGCGGACGAAUUCAAUAUUUCCCAUUUGUGAACAUGUAAAACUAUUAAAUGUUGCUUAAAUAAUUUUUCAUUUUAUUUUUAUCACUUUGUGUAUACAUAAAUAUUUUUGUUUUUAUAUAGAUUUUUGUUCUUUUACU